GUGACAUAAUUGAAAUUUGACCAAAGCUAACUUGGGAAGAAAGAAGUUCCGAAGAAAAAUUGGGAUUUUGAGGUUAAAAAAUACUGAUCCAGAAUAACUUGGGAAGAAAGAUCAUCCUACUACAUUAUCUUAUUAAUCUUAAUUGGAAAAUCCACGAUUAAAACCGGAACCCCUUCUUUUAAUAAUCAAAUCAGUUCAAUUCAUCGAAUUCAAUAAAUCCAGAAAAAAAAAAAAGGAAAAGAAUGAGUUUUCUGGCGGGGAGAUUGGCGGGGAAGGAAGCAGCCUAUUUCUUCGAAGAAUCCAAACACGCCGUAAGUCGUCUGGCUGAGAAAACCAGCAAAUCAUCCAAAACCCCAAUUCAUUCUAAUUCUAAUUCGGAAUCAGCAGCUCCUCCGGAUAUUCUCCCGGAGAUUCUCCGUCAUUCUUUACCGGCCAAGAUUUAUCGGACGGACCUUUCUUCUGAUUCAUCACUCUCCACUUCGGCUAAAUGGGCACUUCCCAAUUCCUCAAACGCUUCUCACUCCUCUGUUUCUCCUGACGUUUUGAAUCCUCUCACUGGUUUUCUCUCUCUUCCCCAAGUUACCUUUGGUCCCAAGAGGUGGCAGUUGCCGACACCGCAGUCAUCGGUUACAGCAUCAACAGCCAAUGACUUGCGCCUCCAACACCAAACACACAUCAAUCCUGAAAAAGCAAGAGCUGCAGCCGAAGGUCUUUCACACAUUGGGAAAGCCUUUGCUGUUGCUACUGCAAUUAUCUUUGGUACUGCUGCGCUGACAUUCGGAUUCUUUGCAUCACAGCUACAACUUCAUAAUACGGAUGAUAUUCGGAUAAAGGGAAGGGAUUUAGUCCGGCCAAAAUUCGAGAAUAUCAAAGAGCAAUUGCACCCCCUGAAAGACUGGGCUGAAAAUACUUCAAAGAAGUGGCACCUCAAGAAUGAGCAGGAUAUAAAAGAGAGGCCCAUUGUAAAGGAGCUUUCAAAGAUAUUACGUGCAAAAGAUUCUGCAUGACCUGAAUCUGUUGUGUUCUUCGUUUUCUCCAAUCCUUGUCUAUAUAUCUCUGUAAGUGGUGACUGUGUUGUUGAAAAGAAUAAGGGUAAUGGCAAUAGAUUCAAGUGUUGUCCUUAAAAGAAGUCUAGAUGUUUCCAUGCAUUUUUGUAAAAAUCCUCUGUUUUUCAGAUAAUAGAGGAAAAUUGAAUGUAAAAUAUUUUUGUUUCCACUUGAAAAUUUUAGCUGGUAAAUGUAUAAUAUCCUGUGAAAAGGUUUUUUUUUUUGGUUUAUGGUAGCACUGUGGCAGAGACCUUAAAUAAUCCUAUUUGUCAAAUUCUCAUGUAAUAUACACAUUAGUAUAUAUUAACACACCACAUCUCAAGUAUAUAGUUCUGUACGUAGUUCAGAUUAUGGAAUGUUGGCCACCUCUACAUUCAAGUGCUGAAGCAAAGUUUCUGAAAAGCGAAGAAAUCAUAGGAUAGAGGUUAAAGCUUCUUUAUCAUGAUGGAGGUGCUGAGUAGCCAGUUCUGAAUUGAAUAAGAAACCUCAUUCUUGGAGUUCUGGCCUUGUGUUUUGGGCUACCUUUUACCUUGUUUUGCUUUCAUUUCCUACAUAGUAUUUCUUUUCUUUUCUUCCUUCGAAAUUUGUACUAAAGUUGGUUGCGUGUCUGAAUUGUUUGCUGAUUAAUUUUGUAAUGAAAAUCAGCAAAUGCAAAGAAGAUGAGAGAAGAUCAGGAGAUUGAUGCGCAGAUAUUAUGUGAUUAAGGAUUAUUUUAGCCAGUAGAUUACCAUUCCAGUAUGGAAAGGGGUAUUCACUAUUCAGGUAGAUGGCAAGGCCAAUUACAGUCCAAGCU